AGGAGGAAGAGGAUCGGGAUCGAGGCGGCAAAGGAGAUACCAGGACAGGGAGGUGUUGGAGCCCCUGGUGCCGAGGCUCGGGCGCGCCACCUCGCGGGCAUGGGGCUCGCAACACAGACCGCUGCUCAUGUCGGUCUCGGCGAGCGGUGAGAUGCCGGGCUGCGUGGUCUACCUCGGUCUGAACGACUCAAUCGUGGAGGCACAGGCUGCCUUGGAGGGCGCGCACUUCGCCUGGGACUCUUACCGCGAGCUGAUCCUGAGUUACUCCAGCGUCGUGCGCGGCCUGGACAUGGGGCCGUUCGAGGGGCGGCUGCGAGAGCUGCUUGACCGGUUAGACGCGAAGUGUCAGCUUGGCAGGAGACACUCCACAUGCGACGUACCUUCGGCCGACCUGAAGCUGCUUGUGGCCUCUUACAAGGGCCUCUACGCGCAGCAGACAGGGCAGGACUUCCCUCAGGACCCGAGCGCCCUCCUGCUGGACGCGCUGAGGGCACUGUGCGGCACGGGGCCGGGCCAGGCGGGGGUGGUGCAGGCCAUGGCCUUCGGCAACUACGACGCCACCUCGGGCACGGGCUGGGCGCUGCUGCGUGCCCGCCGCGCGAGCGGCGAGGGCCUCCGCGGCGGGUGGCGGCCGCGCGUGGGCUCCUACGCCGUGGCCGCCGGGCCAGACGGCGGCCCGCUGGGGGCUGCGGUGGAGGGCGAGCUCAGCCGUCGGGCGGAAGGCGAUCGCGGACCACUGCCAGCUCAGGUCGAGCUCUGGCCGCCGCCCCUGGGGGACGCCCUCCCGGGCGCCUUCCGCGAGCUGACGGCUGCCGGCCACGCGCUCGAGGAACGCUUCGGGAGCCUGCUCGAGCUCGGCGGCGCGCUGCGGUUGGACUUCGCCGUGCAGCAGGGGAAACUCUGGGCGGUGUCUUGCCGCGCGGCGGGCGCGGGUGGGCCUGCGGCGCCAGGGUGCGGCGGUCCGCCUUUCGCGCCCCGCUGCCGGCCAGGUGGCAGCGGCUGCGGGCGACCCGCCUCUGCGGGGACGGCGCAGCUGGCGCAGCUGCCGCUGCUGGCAUCGUCGGCGUCCGUGCCAGCGCUGUGCCCCGCGCGGGACGCGACCGCCAGGCGCCCGACGUCUUUGAAGGGGGACAGCGCCCUGCGCUUGCCGGCCCUGCUGCCGGCAGCGGCGCGGGCGCAGCCAAGCUUGUUGGAGAGCCAGCGGGGUGUGGACCGCGGGCGCCGAAAGGUGUGCUUCACCGACAAGGUGAGCUACUGCCCUGAGCUGCCGGAGUGAGCCACGGUUCCUGUCAGCAUCUGGUCAGUUUUACAGUCAAGUUUUUUGUUGGGUUUACCACGUUAGGUAUUUUUGUUGCCAGUGUGGGCAUGACACGCUGGGUCCUUGUUCUCUGGAUACCCAGUAUAUGUGUUGCAAUAUGUGGAUGGCGCAACUUCUGUGCUGUAAUAUAUGCGAUAGCAUCAAUGCUAUGCAAUGCAUGUGUUGCAGUAGACGGAGUGGGCGCCAGGUAGGCAAUGUAUGCGGUUCGAGAUAUGUUGUGCAAGCUACCUGGUGCAGGCUACUCAUAUUGUGAAUCUACAUGGUGCAGCGAGCGCCCAUGAAACGCGCUCCCUCAAAGAUGUAAGAUACCUUUGUGCAAGUGCAGUUGGGAAGUUUAGCACGGCCGUACCUGUCUUUCUGUGGGACCGCAAGUGCACGUAACUUGGUUUCCAGACUUCGCACUCGUGGUGCUAAGCGCUCGGGAUCAAGCGUGGAUCUUUGGCAUUAGCUGUGUCGACUAUGCGCGACUCGCCUCAGACUCUCAUUUGGUUUUCAAUAUUGUUUAUAAUGUGUUUUAGUUGAUCGUAUUGCGUAUCCGAUUUGUAUGUGUAGACAUGUUGCUGCAUAGUGAGCUUGCGCGCCAUCAUCAGCACCGCCUUCGGCCGUUGUGGCCCAAUGGCGGGCGCGUGCAUCAUCAUACAUGGAAGUAACAUGUCGACGGUUUCGCGUCACCGCCGCCGUAAUUGGCAAGGUUGUCAUGCCAGUUGGCUUAUCGGCGCCUGCGCAAUCGCACAAGCGCGCACGCGAGGCAUCUUCUUGUCAUGCCAUGUUCUACGUCAGCUCUUCCAGGGCUCCCCGAGUGUGUACUGAGCACGCACUUCUGUGGAACUUUGUUCAUCGUGUCAGCAC